UUUCAAUUCGGUAGCCAUACAGUUUUUGUCGUACGCCGCAUGUGAAUUGUCUGUAGUGAAAAUUUCAAUAAACUGUAAAAAUGAGCAAGUUUCGUUCGAAAUUGAAGAAGAAAACGGGUGGCAAGCGGUGGUCCCGUGGUCAGGCCUCCACUUCGAAUCCGGAAACUAGCAAACAUCGCGCGAAAGCUAAGAGCCGUUUUUUCCAGUCGAAUCUGAGUUUGGCUCCUCCGGUGCAGCCGGAUGGUUCCCCAGCUAGUAAAUUAACACUGGAAGCAGUGAUGAAACAUGAGGCCAUCCAGUCGUACAGUGGAACAAGCAAGAAAGUGGAUCCGACGGUGAAUGAAAUUGCUGCCAGCAUCCGGUCUUUCAGUAUGAACGACGGCAUGGAGGGCGAUGCAAUGACGGAGUCCCAACUAGGGGGUACGUUCAAGACAUUCCAAACGUUCGCGUCGAACUUCAGCGCCUGUAGCAACAUGAGCUUUAAGAAAUUGCUGAACAAUUUCCGAGCAGACUCGCAGGUCCAGAAAGAUAUGUUAGCGAUUUUAGCCGCACUGACCGAGGUGAUAAAGGAAAAGGGAGGAUCACAGAGUAGCACGGAAUACUUUUUGGCCUUGAUGGAAACGAUCGAUGCAACGAAGGAGGAAAAUGACACCGUUGCGGCGGUGUCGCUGUUGUCGAUGGGAAUUAAGUCCGUCCCAGAGGCAGUUUUGAGGAAAAAGUUUUCAGAAACUGGGCAAUCACUGUUGAACUUGCUGGAGCGUUACGCCGACUCGGAUAAUCAGAAUAUGGUUCGAAGCAUUAUUGGAUGUUUGUCGGUAUUGUUGAGAGCACAGGAAUAUACCCAGUGGAAGCUGUCUUCGACGUUGAAGUUUUUCGAUGCGAUUUUGGCAUUUGCGAUUCAUGCCAAACCGAAGAUCAGAAAAGCAGCCCAACACGCUGUCGUGGCAGUCAUUCACGGAAGCUGCUUCAUGCUUCCACCCAAGAUGGCGUCGAAAGAAGGCGAACAGGAUGAUAAAAUGGACGACAGUGAGUCCCCGCAACCGUUGGUUAAGUGUCAUCCAGUUGGUGGGCGGGUAGCCAAGUUUUGCGUCGGACAGUUCAGGCCAGAAAAUAUUGGAAACAAUCAAACAUUGGUGUUGCACACCUUGGGAUUGCUUCAUAAUGCUUUGCCAGGAUUCUCUAAGGAUGAUAUAAAGUUAGUGGCAGAAAGUCUUUUGUCUAUAAUGACCGCCACAAAUGUAUUGAUAAGGACCAACUGUUUCCAAACGUUCCAUUCCUUGUUCUCUUCAAAAACCGAAAAUCUUUCGCCAAUGCUUGCAGGGAAGCUGAUUGCGGCAUUGUAUGAUUAUCGCCCGGACAAGUCGGAUUCCAAACAAACUAUUGCUUGGUUAACGGUUUUAAAGGAAGGACAUUUGUUCUUGGCAAAAUUCAAUUUGACCAUGUGUAGCAGUGCCCUUCCUCGUUUGGUUGAUGUUUGCACUCAAGAUUUCUGGGGAUCGGAUAAAAUGGAAGUGGUCUCAGCUGCAUCCAACGCGUUGAAGGACAUACUCUACGAGUGCGUUCAGCCAUGUUGCGAGGAUGAAGAAGUCGAGAAGCAUCGUGUUUCAAUAGAAAAAGUGCUUCUAUCCAUAAGCGAAGUUUUAACAUCGUCUCCUUUCGGGCAUGCCUCAAACCAAGUCUUGAUCAUUCUGGCCAUUGCGUUCGAUAUUGCUGGGAAAAACUUUGGCCCGAUUCUAGCUCCCGCUUUGAAAACUUUGGGCAAUCGUUACGAUCCGCAGUCGUCCACACGAAUUCAGAUCGAACACGCCGUCCUCCAAGCAAUCGGAUCCAUGGACACUGGUUUAGUGCUUGACAGCAUCCCUCUGACGGAUGCAUCCGGUAAAAUCGAUCUUGAUCGAACUUGGGUUCUUCCGUUAUUACGCGAGGGACUCAAUCAAUCCCGACUGGAAAUUUUCAACAACGUCAUCCUAAAACUAGCCUACCAGUGCUAUGUCCUCUGGAAUAAAUUCAAGGAAACCGACAACAAACAGCAAGCCCACAUUUUUGAAUUAUUGUGCUGUCAGCUGUGGGGUCUUUUCCCAGGCUUUUGCCGUCGUCCCAAAGACAUCCAAAAUUUCCGUCUCAUAGCCAAAACGCUAGGAACGGUCCUCAAUGAAAACCCUGAUUUGCGCUCUCCAAUUCUUGACGGCCUAAAAGAACUGAUUCCUCACUUGAGACUGACACCAAAACUGGAAGUUGGCAAGUACGCCAAGAAUUUCCUCCCGCGUUUGUUUAAUAUUUACACGACCAAGCCCAAAGGUAGUUACGAGAACGAAGUCCGCCAGGCUGCUUUCGAUACCAUCAAAGCUUUCCUCUCCGUUACUCCCCAAUCGGUUCUGGAGGAGAUGCACACCGUCGCGUUGAACGAACUGACCACCAAGGCGCCGGGAACGUUCAUGUACGACAUGCUUUUUGAUGUGGUCGAGCAGCUAUCGCUGUACCAAUCGUCCGACAAGCUAGACGACAUCUACGGGCGGUACAUCAGCGUGAUUUUGAAGCGCGACAAGUCGCAGGAGACGGUAGCCAAAACCAACGCCAAUGUGCGGCGCCAGAUGAAAAAGGCGUUUAAGCUACUGAAGGAAGUGCUGGCAUCGGAAAAUGCCGGUUGUGUGGAAUUCAUCGAGACCAAGCGGGGUAACAUUGAGAAGCUCCUGCUCGGAACGCUGCACGCGACAUUCGAUGGCAUCCAGGCACCACGUUUAGCGUGUCUUAAAUUGCUCAUCGAGAGGAAUCCUGAGGUCAAGUUGAAUAACAAGAUCAUCAUUCGAACCGUUCCAGAGGCGGUCGCUUCUUACUCAGUAGAAGCUGUCAAGCACGAAAAUCUCUCGAAUGAUCUCAUUGAACUGAUCGGCAACAUGUUCAAUAAUGAGGGUAAGAUCAAAGAUUUUGAGAAUCUAAUCAUCGCCGGGUUGGUUGGCGAUACCACCCUUGUUACCAACACUAUCUGGGUGCUAAAGAACGUCCUGCAAACGUUCACCGGUGCAAUGACGGUAGAUUCACUUCGCUUCAUGCUGCAACAAGUUCUGACUAUAAUGGUCGGAAACAAUCGCUCCGAGGUGGAUGCCGCAAUUAACUACCUGCUACUGUAUAUUAAGAUACUUCCUGUGCCGUUGGUCACAAAUGAUCUUCCGUUGAUCGCAAAAGCCCUUUCGCAAAUGGUGCCAGACACGAAGCGACAUUGUCGGCUGCUGGUGGGGUACACACUGAAGAGACUGUGCAAGCGAUUUGGGCCGGAGGAAAUUGUCAAACUAGUACCCGGAAACGAUGAAGUCACUCACAAACGAUUGAAAAAGAUUCGGAAGGAGUUGGCCAGGGCGAAACGAAACAAAUUAGCUGAUCAGAAGAAAAACAAAAAGAGCACAGGCGAUAGUGAUGAAGAGGAUGACGAUGAGGACGAUGGAUUGGCGGGUCAUCUGGAGAAAAAGAGUCUGACGAUCGAUGAUAUCCUGGAGGAUUCAGAAUCUGAUUCCGAUUCGGGAGUGGAGGACGAAAAGAAAGCUAAGAAGAAGAUGAGCACAUACAUUAGGGAAUCACCGGACAACAUUGUUGAUCUGGCGGAUUUGGAUGCUAUCAGCAAAAUUACCACGUCCCAACCGAUGAACCAAUCUCAACCCGGCACAUCACAGCCGAAAAAGAAGAAGGAUGUUAAUCGAGGAUUCGCCACAGCUUCGGACGGCCGGUUGAUCAUCGAAGACAUUGAGGAUUAUUCCGAUUCCGACGAGGAUCCCGAUGACAAUGUGGGCUACAAGGACAAAGCCAAAAAACGAGUGUACGAUCAAGAUGAUUCGGACUCGGAUGCUGAACGAGAGGAUUCCACGGGGGUCGAAGCUGAUGGUCCUUCGUCGCGUAAGCGAAAGGCAAUGGAAGCGAUGAGUGUUCGUUCGGGUAUGAGUGCCGGCAGUAGCCGGUACGUAGCCGGUGGAAAGGGUAUUCACCGACCGGUGGCAGCCUCGGUCAAGUCCGGGUACAGCAGCAAAUCGACCAAGUCGAACAAGAGCGCCAAAACAUACGCCUCUACCGGUACCGAGUAUAAAUCUAAAAAGGCGCAAGGUGAUAUGCUGAAAAAGGGCAAACAUGAGCCAUAUGCUUAUGUGCCUUUGAGCAGGAAUUCCCUGAAUAGGAGAAAACGAGCGAAGAACGCUGGCCAGUUUAAGAGUAUUGUGAAGGGAGCUAGGAAGGGUGCAGCAGCUGGAGCAAAGAACCGAAUGGUUAACAAAGCCGGUUCGAAGCGUAAGUAGGUUUCGAAUAUGUAACGUCAGAGGUAUUUUAACGGGAAUCAUUAAACAAUGUGCUGGUACUAGUACCACUGAGUUCUACUUCUGCUAUCUAAUAAUUGAGCAGUUAUAUUGAAUCUAAUUAUUGAAGAUUAUACCGAGUGUAAAUACACAUUUACUAUGUUAUCUAGAUGAGAAAA